UACUGUCACAUGGACGACAACAUUUUUUUACUCGAAUAGCAUUACUAGGAAAAUUCCCUAUUUUAGGGACAAUGUGACAUCAGACAUCGCUGUAUAGAUCUACAAUUGCUUAUUUGUAUAUGAUGAUAUCACAAUGUGACAUCACCUUGUCCUUAUCCACACAAAUCCACAUACCAUACUGUUCUUUCUCUCCUGUACAUCAUCGUUGUAUUCGUUGUCACUAGCGUUCCCACGCGGCCGGUCAUGUUUCCCCUAUUUUUGCCAACCCUUAACGAGUGAUCAACUGUUGCAACUUGCAAAUGCUUGCAACUCGGACAACGUGUUACAGCUUUCAGCUUCAAUACAUUGAUAUCAGUUGCAGUGGAGUUGAGACGACAACGCGACACGUUUACGGAAGUGUAAAAAAUAAUGGGGCGAACCGUAUAUGCGGAAGAACGUCUUCACAAUUACUUAAUGUCAUUAGCAAAACCAAAUGAAUACACGAUAGGAUUAAUUUUGGGACAGACUGCUGGACAGAAGGAUUAUAUUGUACAUCUAGCAAAAACUCCACUUCCUGUUGGUAAAAAUGUUGUCGAAGAAACGUUAAUCACUUCUAAACCAAAUGCUCAACAAAAAGAUGUUGAAAGUUGCAUCAAAUCUGUGAAGGAUAUAAAUGAAAGCUGGGUCGCUGAUCAUGCUAAACACGUUACCAGAAUGUUACCUGGUGGAAUGCAAGUUCUUGGUGCCUUUAUCGUGGGCCCUGAUGAUACCAUUAAUGAUAAUAUGAAUAUACAGAAACUUAGGUCCAUUUUAAUGGCUAUACAUAAAAACUUAGCUCAAAACAAAUAUCUUUGUGGAAAUAAUAAUGAGGAACAACUUAUCCUAAACUUGAAUAGCGUAUCACAAAAUUAUACUUGUAAAUCUGUAGAGAUUAAUAAAAGUGGAACAGUAAAGCCUGCAGAGUGGAAGUUUCAAGGGAAAGCUACUAAAUGGCAUCAACUAGAGUCUGUUAUAGAUUUCGAUCGUUUAUUUCUCAUCGAUGCAAACAAGGACCCUGAAACUCUUAAAAAACAACUACAGGACAUCUUAAAAAGUAUGUCAGACAUUAUUGAAUCAUCCCUGAUUGCUAUAGAAGGUGAAGUAAAGUCCUUAGAUGAUACACUGGAAGUAAUUACUAAAGACAAAAAAGAAGAAAAAGGAUGUAAAAAUAAUGAAAAGAAUACUAAUGACAAACCUAUACAAAUCAGUUUGUACACUCCAUGUCAAGUGAACAAUACAAGUUUCAAUGUGAGAAUAACUCCUUGCAAUGCAUCAAUACGUCUGGUUGGACAAUUAGUGAGUAGGACUUUUGUUCACCAAAAAGCAAAUAUCAAUGAAGCUAAUAUAGCAGUGAAAGAAGACAUAAUAAGAUCGCUGGCGAGUCGAUUAGAAAUGCAUUGGGAUAGUUUAAUUGACGAAGAAAAUGGUUUCCCGGAAGAAAAUAUAACUUUACAUGAACCACCAAGAAGAGUGUUGAUAGCAUUGCCUGAAAGUAAGGUGACGUUAUCGGACUAUCUCUUUCCUGGCGAAGGUCCACUGGAAGCACUUUUAUCACUACAAGAACUUUUAGAUUUGGAAGUUCAUGAAAGUAAUGUUCAGAAGGAUAUAGAGCUCCAAGCUGAUCCCAUCGAGUUCUACAGUCAAAGUGACGUAGAUAUAAAAGCAGAUUUUGGCAAAGAUUCAUGUGACAACCAACAAAGUAGAGUAUACAUCACAGGCAUCAGUAUCGCAGUCAUAAUCUUGAUCAUUGCUAUCUUAAUACAUAAAUUCAAUUAAAGUAUAAAUAUAAUAUAAAAUCAAAAUGUAUAUUUUAAUAUAACGAUUGAAGUAUAAGAUGUACACAUUUGCUCUGUUCUUAUGAUGUAAUUUGAACAAGAAGAAAUAUUAACAAACGAGAAUGAUAGUGAUCCUAUUUAAUAAAAUGAUAUAUUUAUAUUUAUUGAUAAGACAUCAGAUCGCAUUAUUUUUAAAUUAUUAUGUAAAAGUAUUAUAUUAUUAAUACAUAUUAUGAAUAAUGUACACGUUAAUAGCAUUGUAGCUCAAGGAAAGUAGAAGCGUAUCGAAACUUUAAUUUUAAUAUCUUGUGUAGCGAUUAAAUAUUUUUGUAAUGAUGUAAUUACAAUGAUUGUAAAACGAGGAUUGAAUAAAAUACUUUUAUCUAUUAAAGAUAA